ACCCGCAACCACCGCUCCUGACCUGAGCUCCGUCGAGAAACCAACAAAGAAUCCAAAAAGGGUCAGACGCCCAGGCCACCAUGGCGAACCCAUCCACGAGCUCGAGGCCGUCGUGCGCGUCUCCCAGUGGCACCAAGCUCACCUGCCUCUGCUCGCCGACCAACCACCCGGGCUCCUUCCGCUGCACUCGCCACCGCAACCCGCAGGGGCGACCGCAGACGUCGUCGCCACCGUCGUCCAGCCGGGCCUCGCAGCAGGCCGCGGCUUCGGGCAGGAGCACGACGGUGCGCGUUGAGGGGAUCAUCAGGAACGCCGGCGUCGGCUCGGGAGGCAGGACCGGCCCUUGCCGGUCCGUCCUGCGAGCGCACCUGCUGCGGCUGGUCAGCCCGCCUUCCUCCGGCUGCAGCGACCGCCGCCGCUGCCGCGACUUCAAGCCCCGCCCGUCCAGGCUGGGCCGCCUCGGCAUGACCGCGUGACGCCGGUCGGCCGCUGCUCCUCUGCUCUGCGCGCGCACCGACGCUUGGAUCCGUUUAUCUAGCAGAUACUAGCUCCGAGCCUAGGAUCCAGUACUACUCUGGAAUCAAUGCUUUGUUAGUACUGUGAUGAACUGGUCAUAGUGCUGAUAAUGACUAGGGUACUCCUCUGUGCACAUCUUCCUUGUAAUUUUUCAGAGGGAUGAAACGGAGUAGCAGUUUUUGUGUUA